CCGAGCACAUGCAGACAGAGGGAGAGGGGGGAUGAACGAGGUGCGCACAUGUGAGGAUCUCCUAAACUGCCGGGGCAAGGCAGGACUGGUGAAGAGAGAAGAAGAAGAAGAAGGAGAAGAGGAGGAGUAAUAGAGGAAUACUGCAGUGACCAGCCAGCUUCUCUCCCCCUCUCUCUCUUCCUCGCUGCUUCACUGCUUUCAUCACCCUCUCUUCUUCAUCCCCUUCUCUCCCCCUCUGCCAAUUAUACCAUGAACCUGCCCGCCGCUUGUUGCUAAGGGGGAGCCAACCGGGGGAGCAGAGUGGACCAGGCAUUAUUUUGUUUCUAAGGACUGAGUGAAAAUGGCGGAGGGGUCCAGAGACCAGGGAGGUGUGGGCACCACUGAUCCAGAGGAGGACUCCCCCAAUAUGAUUGUGUACAGAAAGAUUGAAGACAUUGUUACACGAAUACAAGAUGAGAAAGCAGGAGGUGUAGCCAUCCGGACUGUCAAAAGCUUCCUCUCCAAGAUCCCCAGUGUGGUGUCAGGGGCGGACAUUGUUCAGUGGCUGAUGAAAAACCUCUCCAUUGAGGAUCCAGCUGAAGCCAUCCACCUUGGCAGCCUGAUCGCCGCCCAUGGCUACAUCUUCCCCAUCUCCGACCAUGUCCUGACACUUAAAGACGAUGGAACCCUUUAUCGCUUUCAGUCUCCAUACUUCUGGCCUUCAAACUGUUGGGAGCCUGAGAACACAGACUACGCCAUUUACCUGUGCAAGCGAACCAUGCAGAAUAAAGCCAGGCUUGAGCUAGCCGACUACGAGGCUGAAAACCUCGCCCGGCUGCAGAGGGCUUUCGCCAGGAAGUGGGAAUUUAUCUUCAUGCAAGCUGAGGCUCAAGUCAAGAUUGACCGGAAGAAGGACAAGGCAGAGAGGAAGAUCCUGGACAGCCAGGAGAGGGCUUUCUGGGACGUCCAUCGGCCAGUGCCAGGCUGUGUCAACACCACAGAGAUGGACAUCCGCAAGUGCCGGAGAGAGAGGAACCCACACAGGGUAAAAAAGUCAGUCUAUGGGGUCCCAGAUGAUGGCCAGAGCCAGCCGAGUCCCGUCCACAUCAGCUCCCAGCCAACCAGGAAGCCCACCAAAGAGGACGUUCAGAAGGAGAUUACCUUCUUGAACAUCCAGCUGGACAGACACUGUAUGAAGGUUUCCAAAGUGGCCGACAGUCUGAUGUGCUACACAGAGCAGUUCAUGGAAUAUGACCCCUUCGUGUCGGCCACAGAGCCUUCCAACCCCUGGGUUGGUGAUGACACUUCCUUCUGGGACUUGGAGGCAAGUCGUGACCCCAGCCAGCAGCGUGUGAAGAAAUGGGGCUUCUCUCUGGAGGAGGCGCUCAAAGAUCCGGCAGGACGAGACCAGUUCCUGAAGUUCCUCGAGUCAGAGUUCAGCUCAGAGAAUCUGCGGUUCUGGUUAGCAGUGCAGGAUCUGAAGCGGCGGCCGCUCCAGGAAGUGUCCUCCAGAGCGCAGGAGAUCUGGCAGGAGUUUCUGGCCGAGGGAGCGCCGAGCUCCAUCAACCUGGACUCUCACAGCUACGAGCGCACCAGCCAGAACCUCAAAGACCCCGGCCGAUACAGCUACGAGGACGCUCAGGAGCACAUAUUCAAGCUAAUGAAAAGUGACAGCUAUGCACGCUUUUUGCGAUCCAACAUCUACCAAGACCUCCUGUUAGCCAGAAAGAAGCAGCCAGCAGACACUGAACAGGGCCGCCGCACCUCCUUGGAGAAGUUCACCCGCAGUGUGGGCAAGUCGUUGACGGGAAAGCGCCUGACAGGCCUGAUGCAGUCAUCCUGACACAGCCUGUGCCGGAGGAGCUCAGCCAGACCCUAUUGGAGGGGUGACCGCCACACAGGGGCCGGGGCCGGGGCGGGGGCGCAGACAGUGGAGCUGGGCUGGACAGGGCUGCUGUGGAGGCUCUCACACACUGCUCCGAGGACUGCUGCCGUUCUGGUAGUGCAGCACUGGGCCUGCCGGGGUGAACGCCCCAAACGGAACCACUGAGGGAAAAGACAAUGCUGACAAGGGGAACCUCAGCCAGCCAACACACCACAUGGCAUGCAGCAUACAGUAUAAGCACAUUCAGACUAGGGCUGCCCUCUUUUCAUCACUUAGUCGGCGAACUGGUCGUCAGGCUGUUUGUCGACUAAGUUGAUCGGUUUUCAUUUUGUUUUCUAGACGUGUUUAUUAUUGGAUGUUGAAAGCACAUCUGUGGUGUUGAUAAAAAACUACAUUUAAAAGCUAUUUGCCACCACAUUUGCAAUGAAUUGACUAUUGGUGUAGCUGUGGCGUCAACACAGACAACAACCUACAGUAUUUUGCAUUUAUCUCGACUCACAAGGCAGCCAGCAAUAAACAAAGUGUGAGACCACUUCUUUUUUUUUUUUUUUUUUUUUUAGAAAUAUAUCCUUUUUAUAUCCUUAAAAUUUCUAUUAUUAUAUUAUAAAGCACAUGACAUGUCAGUUAAACAGUGAGCAUAGUUUUGGCAGUAAUUUUUUUCUCCCAUGAGUUAUAGUUAACGUCUACAAAAAAAGGUACAACUGUCCAUGCUUCAUUACAUUCCAAAAUCUGGCAUAAGGGCUUAAUGUAGCAUUCAUACUGCACCGUUGCAUGUUUCAUCUAAAUGUCUUUGUUGAGGUUUUUUUUUCCCUACAACAGUGCUUUGUAAUGAGACUUGUGGCAAAGAUUAAUUUAAUCCAGUUGGCAAAUUGGUUCAUUGAACUCCUGGGCUGCAAGUUCCAAAUUAGUCCAUUAAAAAAGUCUGUGUGAGUAACUGAGAAACUUAAAUACAAACAUGACCCGUAGUCCCAGUUUUAGUGUGCACAGUCUCAGUGAAAUAGCAUCCACCUGCUUUUUGGACUAUAAUGUAGGUUUUAAUGUUUCCAGUGCCAUGGGUCCAUCUAGUGGUGGUUAAACCACAGGACCAGUAACAGAGUGUUACAGACUGUAUUAAACUGUGCUCACCAGGACAUCAUGAUGUCAAAACUAUAACUUGUUCUCUGAUCCUGGAGAUAUUACAAGGCCUGCAGCCCAAUACGGGAUCAUUUGUGUUUUGUUGCUUUUUUACUGCAUGGAUAUCUCAUCUUUUGGUUUGUUGAAACAAUUAAACCUGCCCACUUUUGUAUGGCAAAAUGUACUCUCCAGCUAAUGAUCGUCAUGUGUUUUAAUGACUGUGGGGGAAAUGGUGCAUGUUAUUGGACCAUAAUGGCAUCGGAGGAAGAUGGUUUGACUCUCUGAAGACGGCACAGCCCUGAACUGGAGCGACACUCCUCAGUGUUUGGACAUCAGAAGCUCUGACAUGCAACUGGGAACAACAUUUGUCCCGUCACGGGCGCAGCACACUGAACAUUAAGGCCUCUGUGCUCCACUGUGGCAUCAAACUUCUUCUACAGACAGAAAGUGCUCGGACUGAGGAGGUUUUAGUCUCACAGCGCCCCCGUGAGGCCAGUGACUGCACACAGUGACAGACCACACUGCUGAAUGAGUGAAUCACCUAUUAUUUUCUAUUAGAGUCGUUGCAAUGCACUGUACAGGUCAUAUUAAUAAUAUCAUAAACCAAUAACCUCUUGAUUAUAAGGUAGAGAGAGAUGCUUAACUCGAGUUGAUGUACCAAAUGUUACUCUCAGCACAAACACAAUGACACUAUGUACAGGGUGCAUUGUAGAUGUAAAUUGGCUAAAUGUCAUUAUCCAAAAAGCACACUUUAUUAUGAUAUGGGCACAUUACUAUGCAUGUAACAUAUUCAGGGCAUUUUGUGCUUUUAGUUUCUCAAUCAGCAAGAUUACUACUGGCACUCUAAAACACUCAAGCACCUGCUAUCUAUUCAUGGGUACCAAAUAAUAAAAAAACACUCUGGACCUGUC